CCGGACUCUGCGCAGAUAAAAGCUCCAAACUGCUGCAAAUGGAAGCUAAAGGAGAAUUUACCGAGUUAACCUGCGGACAGACACCGAGACCGACCGACAGACCGCCGCCCUCACAGACAUGAACCCCCUGAUAGUCGCUGCCCUGCUGCACUACUUCCUGGUUGUGGUCCAAUCAGCUCCCGUAAGCUCGUCCAACCUCCCGCCAGCGUUCACACAAACGUCCAAUCGAGCGAAGAUGCUGGUGGAGAAAAUCCUGAGAGACAUCCCCACCGUGCACGGCGCCACCGUCAGCACCGAGGGUUUGACCCUUGACCCCUCCACACAGACAACCAACCUGCAGAUGAUGGUGGCAUCACUGGGCAUCCCCGCCGCCCCCGUCCUCAAACCGCCAUCCGAGCACUUCACACUGGACAUCUGUGUGAGUCGCAUGUCGGCAGGCAGCCGGCUGUACCAGGGGCUGCUGGGAGUUUUGUCCAACAGUGUGAGUGGACUGAGCGAUCUGCAGGCUGACCUCAGAGACCUGCUGACACACCUCAACAAGAUGACGGAGGAGGCGCAGCUUGAGGUCGUGGAUCAGGACCUCAGUCUGGACCUUGCCCGUCGUCUCCAUGGUAACUAUGAGGUCCAGGUGGCGGUCCACCUGACGCUGACGCAGCUUCGCUCUUUCUGUCACGACCUGAUCCGCAGCCUGAGAGCCAUCGCCACCUACAGGCGCCCAGCUGCAGCUGCACGCUAAGCCCCACCCACCAUGGAUCAACCCCGCGCUGCGUUUGAGGACCUUAGGGAAAAAUGAGUGACACUAAAUGGACAGAACUGAUGAGUCCUGCAAAGCCUCUUGUGAGAUAUUUUAUUGAAGGUCCAUCAGCGACGUCGUGUUAUUUCCACAAGAGAUGAGUCUCGGAGGAAACUCUUCAACUUUAAUGACAGCAGCAGGUGGAACCAUCUCCUACAGAACCGUCUGUGUUCAGCAGAACAGACGAGGAACACAAAAUAGAUCAUGAAUAGAUAAAUUCAUUUAAAUUUACAUUCUCAGCAAAGCAAGAUGAGCAGCAGCCACACGAGACGUUCAGACAGAGAGAAGAAUCCAGAGUUCUGUGUCACCUUUAACAGUUCUGUGUCUGGACAUCAGAACUGAUGUGGACCGGACUGAUCCUGAUCAGUACAUCUGUUGAGACAGAAACAAGCUGCACUGAGGGACACGUCUUCCCUCAGAGACUGCUGCUGUUUGCAGAUUCAUUUAUUCAUGGGGACAUUUAUGAGACAGAUUUAAAGGACCCCCUGGUGUCUUAUUUUGGCGGCAGACCCUCUUCAGUGUGCGAUCACCAGCUCACAUCUCCUCUGAUUGGCUGCUGCGUUGCAGAAGAAUGGCAGCAGGAAUGCGGCUGAAGAUGUGAUCGCAGCAGGUCUGAACGUGUCUGCUUCACGCUCGCUGCUCUUUGUGUUCGUCUGGAAGCUGCAGAAAACAUCAGACAAAUCAUCUGAUAUUCAACAGAUUCAUCAAUCAGAAAAUUAAUUGGCAGCAAAUUUUCUUAUGAUCAAUAGUUCCAGACAAUUUUAGGACAAAACAAGAAAAAUGUUUUGACUUUUAGAUGCGUUUCGAGUUUGAUGAUUGUCAAGUUAAUCACCAGACUGUUCAAUAAUGAAAUUAAUCAUCAGACUGAUCAAUAAUGAAAUUAAUCAUCAGACUGAUCAAUAAUGAAAUUAAUCUGUUUCACAUCAUUGUUUGUUUCUAGAUAUUUAUUUAUUGUUAUUUAUUUAUG